AUGAAUCCUUCAUCACAACCAAAGCAAACACACCAAGUUACAAGACUCCCCCAACUCACUAGCCACUGGUACCCUCACCCAACAAGCCCCCCUUCCAGUCUCCUUCUUCACCGAAAAGACACCCACAUCGGCACCAUCCAAAUCACCCUCGAAACCAACGACAAGGAUCGUGGGCAAGGGGAAAUGGGUUUCUUUUGUAUAUGGAAGGAGUUAUACUUGUUACUUGGCACAGCAGGAAAGCAUAGAAACCAAACUUCUUCCCAAACUGCCUACCUUCUAUCACAACUACUAGUACCCAAGAAAAUACAUUCUAAGCCAAAUGGUACAUACAACGCUCCUGCUCCUGCUCCUGCUCCUGCUCCUGCUCCUGCUCCUGCUCCUGCUCCUGCUCCUGCUUCUGCUUCUGUACUAGUUGUAGCUUGGUCCUGUGUAAGGUCGUACAUGCAGUACAUGCCGAAUAUGACCUGA